AGUCAGUCUCCCAUGCUACCUUCACCUCUUCUCCUGUUUGUACUUAUUUAUGCAGCAGCUGUUGAUGGAAGCAUAAUAAGGCAACGACGUUGUGUUGGCACCGGCUGUGUAACCACAACUACACGUAGGGUAACGAAGGUCAUUACUGAGACUACCUACGUGGACCCACCCACGACCUAUGUACAACCAACGACCUAUAUGCAACCACCACCUCGUCCUCCCUGUUAUCAUCCUUGGUGUCAUAGAAGACGACAUUGGGGAGGAUGGUAUCCACCACCUCCUAUGCCUCCUCCCAUGCCCCCUGCUAUGCCUAUGCCAAUGUGUUCCAGGCCUCCUUGUUAUUGGUGAUAUUGAAAAAAACUGUGUGGUAGCUCUUAAUGAACUUACAUUGAGAAGUCGA